AUGUUGAUUAAGACAAAAUGGAAAAGUUAUGGACAUUUUUUCCUCAGCCUUCAAGUGGCAUUGUAUGUCAUCUUCCUGCUGUUCUUGUCAUUUUCUCUGCUGUAUGGUUCAACCAAACCAGACCCCACCCAGUACAGCGGUGGAGCAGACCUGUUGUGUGGAUUUUGUGAGAUUGUCACUCUUGUCAUGGUUGUCUUUUACAUGUGUGAAGAAAUGAAUCAAAUGAGAAUAGAGAGGUAUUCUUAUUUCUCAGAGUGGAUGACCCUAUUUGACUUGUUAGGCCUGUUGCUGAUACUGUGUAUAAUACCCUUGCGGUUAUCUGGUAGCAAAGCUCAAUGGACAGUUGCAUCUUUGGCUAUAUUGUUUAAUUUCAUGAGGAUUUUUAAGUUCUCAUGUGUGACAAGGACUACAGGACUAUACACAAAAACCUUGGCUAAGAUCAUUCAGCAAGACUUGACAAGAUUCAUGGCAGUUUUUGUUGCAGUCUUCCUUCCCUUCUGUGGGGCUUUAUUUUUAUCUCUCCGUUCAUCCAAUCAAAACCAAGAAUUAAGUGGCUUUGGAGAUGUAUUGUUGAGCGGUGUUCUUGCUCUCUCUGAGCAACGAUCCAUUGUGGCAGAUUAUUCAAGCUUCAAUUGGCUCUCCACUCUGUUGAUGCUAGCGUACAUGGGAACUGUACUUAUGUAA